UGCCCGUUCUUGGCGAGCGACAUCUGAGGAUAACGAAUCGCUUGGUCUCACCGCAGUUGUACUAACAAUUUCACAAAGCUCCAUCAGCUGCCCCACCCGACUUUGACGUCGUCUCAUUGAUAGUGAUAACAGAUCGAUUCGACAACCAAGUUUGAAAGAUCAAAAUCAAAAGCCUGUUCUGAUAUAUACAUAGAGGCAAUGACAUCUGACGGCCAGGGCUUCGAAAUUCGUGGAACGAGAAGCUCUCCCAAAGGCCGCUCGGUCCACGCAACGCGGUCUUUCGCACCCGGCGCUCUCAUCGGCCAAUUUCCCUCGUCAUAUUCUGCUUCUCACCCAUCUAAAACAACACGCUCAGCCUCCUCCAACCCGCUCGUGCUGCCGGCGACGGCCUCCCGCACCUCAACCUGCAACUACUGCCUCACGGCGGCGGGAAAGACGCUGAAGCGGUGCACCGCCUGCCGUUCAGUAGCGUACUGCGGGGCGACGUGUCAGAAGGCGCACUGGGCGCUGAUCCACGGGAAGGAAUGCAAGCCGUUGCGAAGGGCGGGCGCGUCGGCCCUCGCGGCCGUCUCUUCUGGCUCCGGGCGGUCGGGCGGGUCAGGUUCGUCAACCACUCCUUCGACUCUGCCUGACGGCGCGCCGCUGCCUGCCUUUUGUCGCGCCGCGAUGCAGGUGCUGCUUCGUCCGGACUUGUACGGGGCUGUGGAGACGGAGCUGGAGGGAAACGUCCGUGAGUUCGAGGCGCGGCGGGAGGCGUGGCUGAACAUGGAGGUGCCGGGGCGGGUGGUGCCUUCGUUUGUGAAGCAGGAGACUGGCAUUGGCACGGCAGAGGCGGACGUGAGGAGGGUUGUGGAAAUCAUGUGCAAGAUCCAGACCAAUGCGUUUAGCAGGGCAGAUGAUUCGUCUGAGAGCGAUGGCAUCUUCCUCGACCCUACGUUGGCCAUGGUCAAUCAUUCUUGCAUUCCUAAUGCAACUGUUACUUUCAGCGGGAGGAAGGCAUUCCUCCGGGCUCUCAGGGAUAUCAAGCCGGGGGAGGAAGUUGAAGUCUCGUACAUUGACUGCACGCAGCCCUUGGCCCGCCGAAAACGGGACUUGGAUCUGUACUUCUUCGAGUGUAGAUGCCUCCGUUGCAAGGAAGACCUCGACAAUUACCAGGUGGCUAUGCGCGCCCCAGCAUCCGUCAUUGCGCUAAACGCCAUCAGCCUCGUGCCGGACCUCGACAAGUCACUCGGUGCACUCAGCGACACUAGGGAAGGCACUCGAAAGCGAAAGCCAGCGGCCGACGACAUCCUCCCUCCCAAUAAGAAGUCCGCCUCCCUCAUAGACAGACGCCACCAGCUACAGCGUGCGUACGUGCAGAGUGGCGUCUCCGAGUCUAAUGAGUGGGCCAUCGGGCCGGUGCCGAACUUGCUCUCCGAGACGGUCGGGUACUACGCCAACCGGGGCAACUUUGAGGCAGCCCUGGCGGCGGCUUGCCUAGCAGCGGUCGAGAGCGACCCGUUUCGAUUCGUCGAACCGUUCCACGUCCAAAGACUCAAGGGAUGCAUAGCCAUCGCGACCGUUCUGACCAACACGGCCCCCAACGAGGGAGAACUAGGCCGGUUCGCGAGGCGCGUGAGUCGGGUGGUUCCCCUGGACAAGGAGGAUCUGGAUACGCUCGAGAAGCUGGACCAGUUAUCGCUAUGCCAGAUGGUGCUACUCCUCAUCAUCCGCUGGACGCCGCUCGGACACUCGGAAGAGUGGGCGGUGUACCGAACAGCCAAGGAGACCUUGGAGGAGCUCGAGAGCCUAGAGGGACGCGAGAGGGAAAACGGGUUGAUCAAGGCGUGGAAUCUGGGACCGUUUGAGAAGCAGAUGGCGGACUUUUUCGACUUUGGCGUGAUCAAACCAGUUCGUGCCCUGGCUGCCUUGGGGAAGGCGGUGUUGGCUCUUGAUUUCGGGUUGAACAAGGACCUCUGCGCGUGGAGUGAUGAGAGCGGUUGAUGGAUGAUUGGCUGAUGUACCCAGAUGCACAGGGACGUAAAGCCGUACGCGUACGGGUUU